GCGGCUUUCCUGCGGGAUUGGGAGGGGGAGGGGGGAGUCGUGCGUCCCCAAGUCCCCGGUCCCCUGGACAACCCGGGCCCCCUCCCCUGCAGCUCUGGGCCCUCCCCCACGCCCUCCUCGUGCAGCCCCGGCCCCCUCUCCUUCUCCAGUACAGUCUCGCCCCGGCCUGAGCAGCUCCCAGCCCGGGCCUUUGGAGGCGGCCAGUAGCUCGCGCCCUGCCUCCCCUGGGCCCAGCUGGGGAGCCUCAGCCCCUCCGGCCUCCCCCAACCCUCGCCAUCGGCCCCGCCCUCCCGGCGAAGUCGGCGGAUCCCCUCCGGGAGUCAGGUGGGCGGGAGGUCCCAUCGGCGCCUGCGCGUGGGGCGGGCGAAAAGAGCCCGGAACCCUGCUUCCGGCCUCGCGUUUCCCGCCGGUGGGGCCGGAGCGCUGCAGUGGGCGCGCCCGCACCGCGGCCGUCGGACUCGGGUCACUAUGGCAACGCGGCGGGGCCGGAGGCUGCGGCGGACGGUCGUUCCGGGUGAGCCGCGGACUUGGGCGCCUCGCGUGGGAGAGAAGCGCCACUCCGCGACGGAUUGGAGAUAAGAGAGCAGAGGAAGCUGCUCGAGUGCGGCGGGGGGAGCGCCCCCCGAGCGGAGCCGUGUGCGCGACGGGCGGGCCGCUGGCUCUCGGAAGCUUCUGGGCUCCAGUCCUCGCUCAGCUCCCUCGCUGCCUCGUUUUCUCAUCUGCAAAGUGGGAGAGCGCUUCGCGAGCCUGUCCAAAGGACCUGGCUCUCGUCGCUGCCCCGAUGCUGCCGCCGCCCUCGGAGCGGGCCCUGGGCCAGCUGCUGGCUCGCAAGGAGGAGGAGUGGAGGGCGCUGCGGGCCCACCGCUGCCAGCUGCAGGAGGCCGCGCUGCAGGACGCGCACAGCCAGCUGCACGAGGCGCAGGGGGCGCUGCGGCGCCUGCGGGAGGACUUCGUCUACAACCUGCAGGUGCUGGACGAGCGGGACCGCGAGCUGGAGCGCUACGACGCCGCGUUCGCCCGGGCCCGGGCCCGGGAGGAGGCGCGGCAGGCGGAGGUGAGCGAGCUGCGGGUGGAGGCGGCCCGGCUGAGGCGGGCGCUGGCCAGCGAGGCCCGGCGGCUGGACGACCUGCAGCGGCGGCACCAGCUGAACUUGGAGGAGCACCGGCUGGAGCUGGAGCGCGCGCACAGUGAGAAGAACGGCGAGAUCGACCAGCAGCGGGAGCAGUAUGAAAACCUGAAAUGGAGGCUGGAGAGGAAGCUCGAGGAGCUGGAUGGUGAACUUGCUCUGCAGAGGCAGGAGCUGCUGCUGGAGCUGGAGUCCGAGACGCAGAAGAGGGAGCACGAGUUCCGCCUGCAGGCUGACCGCAUGAGCAACGAGGUCCUGACACACGAGCUCAAGGUUAAACUGUUGGACAAGGAGCUCGCGGCCCUGAAGGAAGCUGCAGCACGGGCCGCGGAGUCGCUGCGGAGCGCCGAGGCCGCGAACUCGGAGCUGCGGGACCAGCUGCAGCGCGGCGGGCAAGAGCUCAGGGACCUGGCGGCGGCCAAGGACGCACGGAUCAAGGACUUAGAAGGCCAACUUCACUCGGAGCAGCGGGCCAGGAAGAAGGAGGAGGAGGCGUUCAGGAGGAAGCACGAGGCGCUGGACCACCUGGCCCGGGAGAAGGGCGCGGUGCUGGUGGCUAUGGAGGGUGCCCACGUGGAGCAGCUGCAGGCGCUGGAGGCCAGGGCGCUGGAGUUGCAGGCCCACGGCGACAGCCUCGAGCUGCAGCUGCGCGGGGCGGAGCGGAGGCAGGCCGAGGCCUUGAAGGAGAAGGACGCCGCCAUGGACAAACUUCGUGAAGAGGCGUCGGCUCUAAAAUCGGGCUGGGAUGCCCAGGUCGCCCAGCUGUCCAAGGACCUGAUCUCCAAGGACCUUCAGAUUCAGGCGCUGCAGGAAGAGGCAGUGGAGCUCAAGGCACAGCUGGCCAGGUGCCAGCAGGACGUCGGAAGGUACAAGCAGCAGCUGCUGGCGGCGGUGGAGCGGGAGCGGUGCCUGCACCGCGACAAGGUGCAGCUGGAGCUGGACUGGCGGCACCGCUGUGACAGUCGCGAGAGGGACCACUACCGCGCGUCUGAGGACUUGCUGCAGGCUCUGACUGCCGCGCGGGACCAGGUUGCUGCCAAGCUCCAGGAGACAGAGCGGACGCUGUGUGACCAGGAGGUGGUGCUGAAGGCCUUGACCCUUGAGAGAGACCAGGCCGUGCAGGCGUUGAGGACACGCGGGCUUCUUCCUGAGAAGGAGGUGCUCCUAAGGCAUCGUGAAGAAGAAGUAAGUGAAAGUUUUCCAUCUAGUGAGAUCCAGAGGCUCCAGGAGCAAAACGCAAGCUUACGACGUGCUGUUGCGGAGAUGAGGGAGGAAAUGGAGACCCUGAACGACCAGGUUCUUCCUCCUGAGCAGUCAGGGGGUCAGGCCUCUGACCCCGCACAGCCCCUUCCAAAGGCAGCAGCUGAGGCCGCGGCUCCUGAUUACAUCAUGGUCCUCGAAACAGAAAUCAGAAAUCUGAAGCAUAAAUUUAAAACCCUGGAAGGACAGGUAGAAGAUGUGUUAGAUCCUUCGAAGAUGUCCUCAUCUCACUCUGACGUUCAAGCCAGCGUCCACCUCUUGGCCGAAGUGCCUGGAGGAGCCGUGCCGGCCGAUGGCACACCCAUGGGUCUAGCGCUCGGGAGGCUCAGAAACAGGACACGUCUCCUGAACUUCCUGGUGGCCCGGCUCAGGCAGAAGGUGCUGCAGAAACCCCUGGUCGCGGACACCGUCCAGCACGAGGUGGGCCAAGUGCACCUGGAGGCUUUGGAGCUGCAGAAGCAGGUGGCUGAGCUCGAGGAGCAUAUCGGGAGCCACUGGCGGUCACGAGCCUUGGACCAGGUGGCCCUUGCGAGGCAGGUCCCUGCAGACCAAGGACCCAUGGGGACCAAAGACCAGAAGCCACAGCCCCCGCAGGUGUCGUCUGUGCCCCGACUCCAGAGGAAACUGAAGGAGGCGGCCCGAGAAAUCGUCCGCCUCCGCCUGGAGAAGGAGCAGCUCCUGGAGACAGGAAACAGGCUCCGAGCGGAGCUGGGCCGCGGCCCAGAGAGAGUGCUCGUUGGGACGGUCAGUGAAGGUGUUGAUCUCUGCUUUGAGAAGCCGUGUCAGGCCACACGCAGCUGCGGGACGUCUUGUGUGCGCGUCACCCCCCACCGCGUGCUGCAGGAGAGAAGUGACUGGGGGAAACCACCUAAUCAACCCCUGCCCACUCCUGAGGCCUGGAACCAGAGCGAAGCACCUUUGGGACAGGUGAAGCCCCACUCUGCAGCUCAGGGCUCUAAGAGCGCCAAGACAGAACGUUCCUCUGGACGCCCCGGGGAGGCCCGGCCCCACCUGGCCCAGAGCAUCAGCAGAAGGUCCAGUCCGCCAGGCUGCACAGCAGGAGCUGAGGCCGGGUCGGGGCAGGGGCAACACGGGAUCUCCAGGGCGACUUACAGAUCAGCUCGGCAGAAGGAAAGCCGGUCCCCAAAGCCACACCUGGCUCAAGAAUCCCGUGAGGAAAAGAGCCACCACACCCAAAGCUCCUCAUCACCAGCCAGUGGUCCCCUCCAGGACACGUGGAAGUUACUGGACCUGGGAUCCAGCCCCUCCGGCCUCACGUCCCAGGACGACUCUGUGCCAGAGCUCACAGCACCUCCAGCAGCCGACAGCCUCAGACACCCUGACGGGAGCCCCGUGGGCGCACAGGCUGCCCUCGCCAUCGAAGGGGUGAAGACAGAAGCCCAGGCCAAGGCCAGGCCCGCCAGAACUGCCAGGGCUCACCCUGCAAAAACUAAAUGCUGCCAGAGGCCCCCCAAGAUCCGUAACUACAACUUAAAGGACUGAGUACCCCUGUCGGAGCUUGGGGCCCCAAGCUUUGAUCACGCGGCAGGGGUGCGUGUGCACAAGCACCCAUGUGUGCACGAGCGUGGGGUGCAGGCAGAGAGCUUCAGAGCAGGCUCCCCAGAGCCACCGAGGUGCCCCACUGACCAGCCUGGAGCCAUUAAAGCCCGUACCUCCCGUG